CAGGUCAAAAUACCACAAGCUCAAAUAUGGAACAGAGUUGAACCAAGGAGACAUGAAACCUCCCAGCUACGAUGAUUCCGGUAAGUUCCACCUCUUAUCUUAGGACCAACCGGUGGCGUUGACACCACUUUGAGUCCUACAUCGUAAAGCUAUCUUUUAAUGCCACAAUUAAAAUGACUAAUAACAUAUUUGUAUGGCUCCUUUCUCAGACCCCAAGUGCUUUACAUAUUCAAGAUAACACAAUGCGUUCACACACACUGUAGACAUAGAUGGAAUAAAUUAAAAACAAAAAUGCCCAAAAAAAAGCGCAACCAAAUAGCACCUAGGUUAGUGGUUGUAAAUGAAAGCAUGACUUUGCAGAUCUCAUCAGCAGUCAUCACUCAUGAUGGAUGACAUUUGCGACCAACCGUCUCGAUUCGGUCUUAUGUAGCAAAUUUUGAAAUUGUGUUUUUUACAUUGGAUAAAAGUAGAGACUCCGAGCUAGAAUAUGGUAUAUGAUACACUGCAGUUGAGGAACAAUGGGAAAGUAAUUCUGCUUUGAAAGUUGAUCAACUUGUAACCCCACUUUUGAGAAAAUGGCCCUUGAACGUUUUGGUACACCUACUGGAGAGCUCUUCUGUCGUCUACAACCAUUCAGCAUCGUUCACACCCUCUUAAGCCUUAGCCCCACCCAUCUCUUUAAGGAUUCACAUGUGAGGCCAUGUUCUAAACAGAGUGAGUAGUUUAGUAAACAACCAAAGAUUUCAAGACUAAAAGUAGUAGCCUACAAUAAGGAAAAACUACAGGUAAAAAUACACUUUAUCUAGUCCUUGGCCUAUAUCCUAAUCUGACUUUGGUGCAGGUCAUGUUGUUCUUCACAUUACCGUAAGUUUAUUUGUCACAUGCACAGGAUGCAGAAGAUUUAAACGGUACAGUAAAAUGGUUACUUGCAUAGUAGCAAUAUCAAAAAGUGUCCAGAUAUAAAUAUUUUAUAAUUAUUAGAUUACGUUUACCCGACACACUUGUCUAAAUUUAUGGAUUGUGUGAAGGAAAUGCUAUAACCACCCCCCAGCCACAUCUAGCUAAGUGGAUGGGUCACUGUUGUCUAGACGUGUACACAUCUUCAUGAAAUACAAUAGAUGGCCGUAAACACCCCCAGACACACCUGGCUAACUUGAUGGGUCAUGUAAUCAUCUGGCGAAGUGGAGUCUUUUGUUUAGACAUGUAGGUAGCAUAAUCCCAAUUUAUACUACCACCAAUACAAACAUUGUCAUAGCUGUAGUAUGAAUCUGCAUGUAGCUAAAGAUCUAACCAACUAGGUUCAAUGUUAGCUAGCUAACAUUAGGCUAUAACUAGCAAUGCAAAUGGGUUUCUGAUUCGAAUAAUAUUACAACACAGAUCAUACGCGUAACGUUAGCUAGCGAGCCAGCAAGCUAAAGUUUGCUAGCUAGCUAACAAUACGCUUUAACUUACAAUGAAAACAACUUUCUGACAAAAUUAGAAACGUAUAAUAUCAGAAAAUGUAGUUAGACUCUUACCCGUAUACAUGGAUGAACGCUUCACGGAAGACUGGAACCAUUUAACUCAGUUUUGUUUGUAGCUAUAUCUUGUUUGGCCAGCGUUUUGUCAAGUCACUCUGGUUCACACUGACCGUGGCGUGUGCAGAAAGAAGCCCAUCACUUUUUCCAACUGAUCUGUCGAUAGAGCCUGCCAAAUUCAGGGCAUCAAUGUUGUUUAGAAAAGUAGCAAAACUUUUGUAGUUCUCGAUGGCUAACGUUAUCUUUCAAAAACGGCGCAAUAGAAAUGACUAUCAACACAUACUGAGCAGUUCACUUUAUAGACAGAAGCAUGCUACAUGGCAGACAAUCCAAACUCAUCUCCUGGCAUGUCCAUCCCAUCCAUUAUCUCAGCCAAUCAUGGCUAGCGGGAAAGUUCCUAUCAUUUUCCGUGGCUAAACCAACUAGGCUCACAAUUUAACAAUUGUAUUCGUAUUUACGGAUGGAAUACAAGUUUGUUAUUAAAGCACAUGAAAGUUCACAUGUUCCAGAAGGCAUUUCUGCCCCAAAACGCAUUUAGAUUAAAAAAUAAAUGUUUUUGUUCAAAUGCCUCUCCUGUGAAGUAGUGACGUGCGACAUAUGCUUAGUUUCCUGAAACGAGUCACAUUUGUGCAUGUCAAAUGUCACAAUAAUGACAUGUUUCGUUCAGAUAUACUAUAUGCAUUCUGACAAUCUAACCUGGAUUGCUCCAUGUGUCCUGACUUGUGUUUCAAUUGGAAUUUUGGAGUGAAAUUGAAUGCAGCAUAUGUACUGUAAGUAUUUCAGUCCAUGCUUCAAUACUGUGGGUGGAGCCUUAAUAGCACAGUGCAUCUCUUUCUCUCUCUCUCUCUGUCUGUGUCUCAUUCUUGUCUCCCCUCAGAUGAAGGGAAUGAAAACGAGGUCCCGAGCCCCCCCAACAGUAGUCAGCUGGGUUGGAAACAGGGACGGCAGCUACUCAGACAGUGAGUGCAACUCACACACACCUUUUUGUCUUGUCUUUGCAUUUGUUGUCUUAAUGGUGCCCUAUGGCUGUACACUUAAGUGCUUUGAGACCUGGUGACCUUCUGAUCAGUAGGUUUGCAUGGGCGGGAGUUUCGGCUUUCCACGGUGACAUCAACAUGUGGAAUAUUGGUUAAUAGACCAAUAACAAAGAGAGUUACAAAACUAUCUGCCAAUAACAGCUGGUUUUCAGUGUCAAAAUUCUUGCUGGAUAAAUAGUUUUUUGCUAAAAAGCAAUUUUUGCCAAUUUUUAUGGAAAUGUAUUACAGUAAGGUACUUUACACUGAACAAAAAUAUAAAGGCAACAUGUAAAGUGCUGGUCCCAUGUUUCUUGAGCUGAAAUAAGGUAGCUUAGUGGCAGGUAGGUAGCUUAGUGGUUAAGAGCGUUGUGCCAGUAACCAAAAGGUCGCUGGUUCUAAUCCCUGAGCCAACUAGGUGAAAAAUCUGUCGAUGUGCCCUUGAGCGAGGCACUUAACCCUAAUUGCUCCUGUAAGUCGCUCUGGAUAAGAGCGUCUGCUAAAUGACCCCAAAAAAAUAAAUAAAAAUAAAAUAAAAGACACCAGAAAUGUUCAAUUCACAGAAAAAGCUUAUUUCUCCUUUGCCAAGAUAAUCCAUCCACCUGACAGGUGUGGCAUAUCAAGAAGCUGAUUAAACAGCAUGAUCAUUACACAGGUGCACCUUGUGCUGGAGACAAUAAAAGGCCACUCUAAAAUGUGUGGUUUUGUCACACAACACAAUUCCACAGAUGUGUCAAGUUUUGAGGGAUCGUGGAAUUGGCAUGCUGACUGCAGGAAUGUCCACCAGCGCUGUUGCCAGAGAAUUGAAUGUUAAUUUCUCUACCAUAAGCCGCCUCCAAUGUUGUUUUAGAGAAUUUGUCAGUACGUCCAACCGGCCUCACAACCGCAUACCACAUGUAUGGCGUUGUGUGGGCGUGUGGUUUGUUGAUGUCAACGUUGAAAUCAGAGUGCCCCUUGGUGGCGGUGGGGAUAUGGUAUGGGCAGGCAUAAACUACGGACAAUGAACACAAUUGCAUUUUAUCAAUGGCAAUUUGAAUUCACAGAGACACCGUGACAAGAUCCUGAGGCCCAUUGUCGUGCCGUUCAUCCGCCGCCAUCACCUCAUGUUUCAGCAUGAUAAUGCAUUGCCCCAUGUCACAAGGAUCUGUACACAAUUCCUGGAAGCUGAAAAUGUCCCAGUUCUUCCAUGGCCUGCAUACUCACCAGACAUGUCACCCAUUGAGCAUCUUUGGGAUACACUCGAUCCACGUGUACGACAGCGUGUUCCAGUUCCCGCCAAUAUCCAGCAACUUCGCACAGCCAUUGGAGAGGAGUGGGACAACAUUCCACAGGCCACAAUCAACAGCCUGCUCAAUUCUAUGCGAAGGAGAUGUCGCACUGCAUGAGGCAAAUGGUGGUCACCAGAUACUGACUGGUUUUCUGAUUCAUGACCCUACUUUCUUUUUCAUAUGUAUUCCCAGUCAGGUGAAAUCCAUAGAUUAGGGCCUAAUGAAUUUAUUUCAAUUGACUGAUUUCCUUAUAUGAACUGUACCCAGAAACGAUUUGAUAUUGCUAUAAAAACGGCUGCAUUGGGCCUUUAAAUGCAAUCCAUUAUAAUCUAUUGUUUUUAGCAGUGUGUUUUUAUCCCUGUGCAGCUGUGUGAAAUUCCCUAGCACCUCAUUUCUGGCUGGGAGCUGCGUGGCAACAUGGACAAUUGAUAUUAUCCUGCAUCUGGGCUGUCACAACGACCACUGACUCAAUAGGGAAGGCCUCUGGGAGUGGGUGACUGUACGCCACCAGACUGUCUGUGUGUGUGUGUGUUCGCAUUUGUGUGUGCUCUUGUUUCUUUUGACCAUCUGUGUGUGUGUGGCUGAAGCCAUAGGGCACCACCAUCAGCUGCAAGUGUCUGUUUUAAGACAAAAAGCCUUCAAAGGGAGGAAAAUCUUCUUAAUGGAGAUUAAGAGCCUAGGUAUGAAUAGAGUAAUGGAGUAAUCCCCCAGAGACUGGGGGGACGUGUGGAGCAUCAGACACACACACACACACACACACACACACACACACACACACACACACACACACACACACACUGAGACACACACUGAGACACACAGAGACAGACACACUUAGACACAUGCUCACACACACACACACACACACACACACACACACACACAGAGAGAGAGCGAGCGAUAUACACAUGUUGAGACACACUGUGUGUUACUCUGAGCAUGUGAGUGCAAAGGAGUGUGAAAGCUGUUAAAAGGCUUGUACUUGGGUGCCCUCUGGGUGUCAAAAGUAGUCAGGACAUAGAAUGAGCGGAAGGGGGAUACAGAGAGUGUGUGCGCCUGCUUGUGUGUCUGUGCAUGCUUGUGUGUGUGUGUGUGCGUGCGUGGGUAGGAGUGAGACAUAUGGAGAAAAAGGAAUAGACAGAGAGAAUACUGUGAUGGAGCAAUGAGAGAAGUGUGUGUGUCUUUGCUCAUCCAUUGCUGAGUCAUCCACUUGUAUUAUUAUCCCAGCCACCAACACACCGUACGAUCUAUGGAAGCACAGACUAGGGUUAGCACUGCAACUCCCAACACAGAGUGAAUACACAGACACAAUCUCUCUCUCGCUCUCUCUGCUAUACAUUCUCCUGAUCCACACAACUCCUAGAGCACCCAGACCGCAGCAGCACACAUAGCAUGGCUACUGUUCCAGAGAGUGGUCAUUGAUUUCACGUCAGAGCACAAGUUACACACACAGACCCACAGACAGCACAGCAGAUAGUCCACACAGCCCCAACCCUAAUCUCAUCUCGCCAGCCCACACUACGGAACGGUUCUUCAUGUCGAUAUUACACCGUUUUCACUGACACAGGCUGCAGAACGUAUAUAUCUCAGUGCUUGUCAGCUCCCCCGUGUGUUUGUGUGUGUGUGUGUGUGUGUGUGUGUGUGUGUGUGUGUGUCAGCGUGUAUAAAAUAAAGUACGUGUGAGUGUGUGUGUAUGUUGUGUUUCAAAAUGACACCCAAGCCCUCAAAUGGGAUAAGAGCGAGGGUUUGUGUGUGUAUAUAUAUCUAUCUUUGUGUAUUCUUUGUGUGUAUGUCGUAUCUUGUCUGCUUGUGUGUGUUGCAAACAGUGAUGGGAGCGGCAGCUACAGGCAGGCACUGAACCACUCAAGGGACAGGGUCCCUCCCCCCAUCCCACCCAUGAACUCACUGAACCAGACCUGACAGAGCGAGAGAAAAGAGAAAGAAAAGGGGGGAAAUAGAGAAGAGAUAGGAAGAGGGCAGAGAAGAGAAUCAUGGAAUGCAGCUAGUCUAAAGACAGUUUGAAAAAUAAAAUGAAAAGUUAAACAGACACUUGAUCAGAGUCCAACAUUCAUUGUUACACCUAUUCUUGACUUCUAGUUCUAAAAUACUUGACCUUUUCUCAACAAUUUGAACUUAAACUUGUUUUAUAUACAAAUACUAGGUUUGGGCUAAUUUGCGUUCCUCUGCAUGUUAUGAGCAGUUUUUGCCAUUUGAGAAGUUGAGAACUCAACUGAACAUUUUAUUGUUGCCCGUAGCUCCAAUACCCACAGCGUACAAGGCCUUAUGUUAUGUGGAAUAUGUGCUUAUUGCCAAAAUACAUCAAGCAAUAAAUCUGGGCACUAAAUUGUAUUAUCCUUGGAUGACGUCCUUGGAUGAAGGAAUGUGAAUGCAGCGUCUCAUUGAGAGGAAACGUGUGUGUUCAUCGAUGUUGUGUGUGCGUGCUUGUGUGUGUCCAUCUGUGUGUAUGUUCGUCUCUGGUGUGUAUGUGUGUAUUGUCUCUGGUGUGUCUGUGUAACGAAGCGCAGUGUCCGAGACAGAGAUGGCGUUAGCCCAUGAAUGGAGGAUUGUGUCGGGGCAUUCAGGGCUCCUGCGACUGGAGAGGCUGGUACAGCAAGAGACGGAGGGGAACUUUUUUCUCCUCAAUUUUUUUUUCUCCUCCUUCUGUCGUUCUGUUAAAGCUUGCACAAGAUGCUGUUUUAUCAAAACCUCCGACCGUGGAGCAUCAGCAUCAGAACUUAAGCGUGUCUUGAAGGAAUAAGGAUAGAAGGGUGUCAUCUUGAUUUUGGUUUGACCUUUCCUUGCGAGGUAUGUUGUGGUUUUGGAGAGCUUUACUGCAAUUUUGCAUUUGACCUUAUUAAGUAGUUUGUAUUCAUGUGCGGUUUUAAUUGGUUCAAUUAUGCAAAACUGUAUACAUACAGUUUCUUGUGUUUCAUUCCCUUUUAACACAAUUGCUUUCUUUGGACCCUAUGGUAUAUAAAGGAACGUGUUUGUUUUCUUCAGGAACUGUAUCCUAUAAAGUAGCCCAUAUUGAAUAUUUAUAGCUUGUUUGCCUUUGUAACAAAACUUGAUUGUUUUUUUUUCUCCAGGAUUUUGUUUUGGUUAUCUAAUCCAAUACAUAUUGCUCUUGAAAUGGUCAGUGUCCAGCUCUAUUCUGUCAGACUAACACACCAGGAACGCCACUUAAAUACAGUUAACUCCAAAUAACUUAAAUAUAAAUGGAAAUGGCUAUAGAAACACUUUUUCAAGUGUAAUUUUAUCCCUUUAACCUUGCGACUCCAAACGUCUCUUUUGAAACAUAAUUUACACAGUGAUUAGCGUGACACACCAAAUAUCAUAAGCAGUCGUAAAAAAUAUGACUAAUAUAGUCAUGUCGCUUCUGUAAUGUUGUGAUGUGAAAACUGGAGUAGAUGUAAGUUGCACCUAGAAUCUGAUCUAAGGUCAAUUUAGCAUCCCCCCCCAAUGGUGAGGGUUGGGGGAUUAGGUUAGGAUUUAGAGCUGAUUCUAGAUCAGUACUUAAAGACGCUUCUCACUUUACGCACAAAAUCUCAAAAUGAUUAGCCGAUCUCUCCCGUAAUAUUCAAUCGGGCCUUACUUUCUCCACUCAUCCAGGUACCUUCAGGAGGUGGGCUACACGGACACCAUCUUGGAUGUGAAGUCCCAGAGGGUCAGGGCGCUGCUGGGCCUGGCUAGAGAUUCUGGAGAGAGGCCGUCGGACAGGAAACCGGAACCCAUGGUCAACGGCACCGAGCCAUCUUUGCUGAAGGACAGCGGCAUGAUCAGGUGAGCUACCGCUAACUGCUAAUGACUAUUGCUGCUGUAAUGGUUAUUGUUAAAUGCUGUUGUUGUAGUUGGUGCUAAAGCUAUUGCUAUGGUUAAGACUAAAUCCUAUUGUUAUUGCUAUCACUAAUACUAUUUCUCGAGCUAUUGCUAAUGCUAUUGUUAUUGCCAUCGCUAAUGCUAUUGUCGUAGCCAUUGCUAAUGCUAUCACUAAUGGAUAACUAGCAUUCGUCAAGGAAGUCCAGUGAGAAACAAUGUAGGGUUGCAUUGUUUUUGUGUUCUCACUAACAUCUGUCUCGUUUUCUCCCUGUUCUCUCCGUCAGUAAACCUGACAUGUCUGACUCGGCCACUGUCCUUGAGGCCUUCAAGUUCAUAGAAAGCGCCGCCGCCGAGUUUAGCGACGAGGAGGACGACGAAGACAGCGAAGGGAGGGACAAGACCAUUAUGAACUUGGCCACUGUAAGCAAGGACACACACACACACACAUAUACGAUCUGACUUGGGCUUCUUCAUGGGGCAAUUCUAUUUAGCCAUUAGCAAUAUCAUUAGCAAUGGCUACAACAAUAGAGUAACAGCAGUAACGAUUGCGUUAGCGACAGGCAGCAAUAACAGUCAAGGAGAACCAGUAGCAGUCACAAGCCAUGUUAGCUCUUUCGUCAUACUUCAUUCUAGGGAGGUGAUAAAAUUAAGUGAUACUAUUUCACUUACUUAUGUUACAAAAUACAUUUUACCAAGACAAAUAUGAUUAUUCAUGUUCUGAAUCAUUCAGUGGGGUCUUUCUCUAACAUAUCAUUAACAUUAUAUCAAAAAAGUCAGAUUUCGUAGCCGAAUACAUCCGAUAAUAAGCACCAAUCGGUGUUGACAUAGUGGUGCAGGUUUCUCUUAACUUUUGAGGAUUUUACAUUUUGUGGUCGUCGUCUCCAAAGUUGUUUCAGUGGGUCACAAAAAGCUAAAUUAGCAUGACACAAGCUGAAUGAAAUGUAAAAGGCUUUUAAAAUAAAAAGCUUUUUGAUUGGACACCCUACUCAUUCAGACCUACACUUUAACACUCAACACAUUCAGUCACUCAGACCCCCUCUUCAACCCUCUGUCUUCCACAGAUGGUGCGGAAGAAGACGUCUUCGUCCCCCUCCUCAUCCUCGGACAUGAGUGACGACCUGGACACGGAGGAGGCCCUGAAGGGCUUUGACUUCCUGGCUAGCCCAGAUGAGAUGGACGGCUCGCCCGAUACCCGGAGCGCCGAAGACAGCGGAGACUGGGGUGAGGGGGUGGGGUUGGUUAUUUGACUGGUUGGUUGAUGAACACUCAAACUAGAAUAGUACAAGUUUAACACAAAUUCAAGUUUACAUGUGACUAGUAGGCCUAGUAACAGUGAAGGGUAAAUGUUGACUGCGGAUCAUAGUUGGGACAGUGGACUAUAGUGGCCAUUGUAGACUAUAGUGGACAAGUAAGUGGGGACAGUCAUGUAUUCUCAGGACAGGAGGGCAUUGAAAGAGGACAGUAGACCAAAGGGAGGACCAGUGGGCCAUAGCUGGGACAGUUGAGUCAAGAGAACAUUGAGUGUAACUCUGUUUCCAGCUCUAGCACCACAGAACAGUCCCCACUGAGGGGACUCACUCACUCGCCCACUCACACAGAACCCUGUAUUGUCUAACCUAGUCUUCACACAAAGACACAGCUGGCCACCUGGCUACUGUAGCUCCCUUAGCCCCUUCAGCCAACAGAGAACCCCCUUCACUCCCGUCACCUAGCAACGCCUUGUGUUUAUCUCGAUUCAACAACAAAGGGCAUUCCCACGCAAUGAGUGAGUCAAAGAAGAAGGGAUGAUUUGGCGUCGCUGGUUGUGUAACAGAGGAAGCCAGAGGGAUCCAGUUGAAGACUUAGGCUAUCUUCCAAUAUCCAUACUAUAUUCAUAGUAAAUACUAAGUAGUAUGCUAGUGUAGACAUUAGAACACAACCACAACAAAUGACCAAUUGUCUAUGAUGCAUUGACCCACUGACUAGAUGUUGACAAUCCAGUUAUUUUAAAAAAUACUAUUAUUCAAUAGUAGUUCAUAUAAAUAAUGGUAACUAUUUAAAAAAUACUAUUCCUGUAUUAUUGGGAUAAUUAGGUCAACUUGCAUGCGAAACCGAGUUGUUCGCAUUUCUCUAUGUUAACCAUAAUUGAAGAAGCCAUGAGCUGAACACACAGCAAAGGACGGAUAGAUGGAUGGUAUUAAAGGUCCAGCGGCAGCGAGGCGCUCAGCUGAUCAGUUAUGAAACCGUUGUCAUCAGCAGCGCUGUGCUCUCAAGUGUUCAUCUCCUCCGCUUGAUCCCACACACUGCCGCUAUAGACCAAGGGUGUGCCCCAAAUGGCACCCUAUUCCCUAUAUAGUGCACUAUUUUUGACCUGAGCCCAAUGGACCCCUGGUCAAAAGUAGUGCACUAUAUAGGGAAUAGGGUGCCAUUUGGGACACAACCAGAAACAUCUGUAGCUGAGGGCUGCAAUGGGAAAUUAGAAUAGCCAUUCUGUUUACCCCAUAUUAUAUGAUCAUGCGUGUAUCUGAAAUUAUAAAUAUGAAUAUGCUUAUAGGUAUAGAUACAGAUAACUCCACCACAUUAUUUGACUUUUUUUGUUUAAAUCCAUGAUUUUUUGUAUUUUUAGUUCUUUAGCCAGCUUACACUAUAAAACCUACAUGGUUGCUGCUUUUGAUAUAUAUAUAUAUAUAGAACUUUUCAAAACAUGACAGAGUUAUUGAAUGGCAUUGCAUUUUGGGGGGGUAUUGAAUGUUAUUUGCAUUAUCUUAACAUUAGCAUGUUUUGGUUAUGUUGUUUGCUGCUACUGGUGUUGCGGCACAAAGGACAGAGCCUUGCGGAGACUGAGUGAGGCAUGGCAUGAUGGCUGUUCCACCAUAUGCUUUGUUGUCACCUAAUUUGGCAGAACACAUCUUUCUUUGACAUGAAUAUUUUUGAAUACAUUAACACAAAAAAAAUUCAGGAUUGCUGCCAGCCAUCAAAUUCAACAUUUGAUGUCAGCUGUAUUUUUUUGUUGUUGUCGGAAGCCAAUCUGGCUUUUAACAACUUUUUCCCCUCCCAAACCCUUUGUUUAAUGGCUGUUUUGUGUUUUUAUGUUUCCAUGUCGAGUGGUGCAGAGACGGUAACCCUCAGGCAUAACUCUAUUCUCCCCUUCCAUCCCUGUCUGUUGUCGUAUGAGAAGAGAAUUUGACCAAUUCUCUUCAUGACUGACCCCAAUGUGUUGACAUCACCACCCCCCUAUAGUUGCUUCGAGAGAGGCCCGAAGGCCUGUAGAAAACAUAAACUUGGGUCUCUCUGUGGGGGAAAAGUAUUCCAGAUAGAAUUUCCAUCACACACUUUUUUACAUACUGCAGCAAAUGGCGAUAAUGCAACAUACUGUACAUUGCGGGUCUUGAACCCAGGUCUCCCAGCCUGUAGACAAACUCGCUAACCACUGCUCCAAUAAGCAACGGUCUCUACAAUACAUUUGGACGUUUUAGAGGCUAUAUAUAUUAGGAUUAAAGAGGCCAUCUUCACUUGAACCACCUUUAAUUUCAUAACCCUUUGGAUUUGAGUUUCGUUUGGUCUGGUUCAGAAGAAAGUUCUGGACACUGACCGGCUUCUCGGUUUCUGUCCCCCCCCUCCCCCCAAUCCCUUCCUUCGGGUGUAGAGAAGGAAGAGCAGUGCCCCAUGCCCGAGGCCUGGGACGUGGACCAAGGCCUCAUAGCCCAACUCAAGGAGCAGUACAGGAAGGAGCGCAAGGGCAAAAAGGGGGUGAAGAGUAAGUCUAUCAGGCCUCCCCUUCACUUUCUUUCUCUCCAUUGCUUUCGAUCUCUUUCUUUCUCUCCAUUGCCUUCUAUCUCUUCCUUUCUCCUUGUCCUGGCGAUAAGAGCUUCUCUCUCUCUCUCUGGUUGAGGUUAACUAUAUUGCAAAAAUAAUAUUCAACAGACACGCUAAGCACCUUAGAGACACUCUUCCUUUUCUAUCGCUUCGUUUUGGCGCUCCUUUUCGGCCAUCUAGUACCCGAUAAGAGCUUGUUUGUGUCUGUGCUUCUGUGUGUGGCUCUGUGCAUAAAUUGUUGUAUGUUUAUUAACAUUUCAAUGGGAUUGCAAUACACUGCCUCUCCUCACAGUGAUCAGACCCGUGCAGGACAAUUUGAUCACUAUUGUAAGUGGUCGAUCACUAUAACCACAUUCACUACAAGCAAAGUGCACAGUACUGCAUUCCUAACCCUCACUGUGUUGACAAUACUCAUUGCUGUUUUAAGUUGCACCCAUAGAAAUAUAAUUACUAAAAAGGGCAUAGCCCAUACCCUAUGGCCUCAUUGUGUUGAAUGGGCGCGCCCCUUCUAGUAAUUGUAUGUGUAUGGUUGCACCAUCCUACCCAAGACAUUCCAUCCCCGUUUCGUCAUGUUUGUACCUGUCUUUAUUCUGCCAUAGGUUAUCAGCUGCACCUGUGUCUUUGUAUGUGUGCUGGUUCUCUGUAUUUUCCAACCAUUCCAACUUCUUAUUUUCUCUGAAAGUAUCAUGUCAGUGACUUAACACUCUCCUUUCCUCCCAACUUUAGUUGCCUUCAUUUUUCUAUGAGUUAUUUCUAUGUUCUAGCUACAAAGUUCUCCUUCGCCAAGCAUCAGCCAUGGACCUGCUCUUCAAUCUGCUUAUUUCAGGGACCAUAUUCAUAAAGUGUCUCAGAGUAGGAGUGCUGAGCUAGGAUCGGGUUCCCCCUGUCCAUAAAAUCAUAUCCAUUAUUAUCUAAAAGGCUGAACUGAUCCUCGAUCAGCACUGCUAAUUUGUGAUGCUUAAUGAAUACGGGCCCAAUUAUCUUGUCCAUUCUCUGCAUCACUUUUCUCCUGUUGAUUUUUGAUUGUGUUCAAUCAACCCUCCAGCAGGGGUCUCCAACUCCCAGCUACUAGGAGUGCAGGCUUUUGUUCCAAACCAGCACUAAGUGCACCUGAUUCAACUAAUAAUGGUUCAGACUGAAACCUGUGAUUAUUUGAAACUGAUAGGUUAGUAGUGCUGGGCUGGUACAAAACCCUGCACACCCAGUAACUCCAAAGAGCUGGUGAACCCUGCCCUACAGUAUUUAAGAUGAGGAUUGGGUGCCCUUCUACUCUAAGAUAAUGACCUUCCAUUCUCCUCUCCUCCUCUUCCUCUUCCUUAUCCCUCUCCUUUCUUUCUUUGACUCUUCUCCUUCCUGGUCCUCUCUGUAUACUACUUCUUCUCCUCUUCCUCCUCUUCUUCCUCCCUCUCCUUUCCUUCUUUGUCUCUACUCCUUCUCCUCCAUGAUCCUCUUUUCAUCUUCCUCCUCCUCCUCCCAGGACCUAACCGGUCCAAACUGCAGGAUAUGCUGGCCAACCUGCGAGACGCAGAGGACCUCCCAUCCAUGCAGCCCCCCGUCACACCGCCCUCCCGGCCCAGCGUCCCCAGGCUCAACGAGCACGAAGUGGGCCGCCCCGAAGAAGGUAAGACGAGAGCUCAAUUGUCCUCAAAGGGUUUGAAUUUACAGAAUGCACAAUUUCCAAAUAUACGUAAUUGACUGUAAAUAAUCCGUCUAUCUCAUCCAUCCAUCCCAGUGGAGGCCAUGACGUUUCCGCCUACGUCAGGGAAGUCGUUCAUCAUGGGGCCGGACGAGGCGGCAGAGAGCGAGCUGGGCCUGGGCGAGCUGGCGGGCCUCACUGUGGCCAACGAGGCAGACAGCCUGGCCUACGACGUGAGUACCUACCUCUGAGGGGAAGGGAGGAUAAGGAAGGAAGGGAGGGUGAGGGGAGUAAGGGGGGCGAGCUGGGUAACAUAACCAUGGCCAACAAAGCUGACAGCCUGGCCUACAACGGGAGUGGCAUCAGUCCUUCCUUACAAGGGGCACCAACCACUGCAAGAUGUAGAGCAGGGGCAAGGCCAGCUAGCAAUGAAUGAAUGAAUAUAUUAAUGAAAACAUUUAUUAUGACAAAAAGGACACACUUUAUUGCCCCGAAGGGAAUUUUAUUUGCAUAUCAUGACCACUGCAAUCGGAUAAUUUUUUUUGUAAAACAGUAGACACGGACAUAGCAAUUAAUGACAGACUGUACAACAUUCAGCUAAUCAGAGCAAAGUGCACCACCACCAAACACCGGGCAGCAGCAUUCACAUAUUUUAUUUUCUGCUGUAUAUACAUUGCAUUCGGAAGGUAUUCAGACCCAUAGCCUUUUUCCACAUUUUGUUACGUUACAGCCUUAUUUUUUUUUCCUCCUCAAUCUACACACAAUACCCUAUAUUGACAAAGCGAAAACUGGUUUUUAGACAUUUUUGCAAAUGUAUUACAAAUGUAAAACAGAUACCUUAUUUACAUAAGUAUUCAGACCCUUUGCUAUGAGACUCGAAAUUGAGCUCAGGUGCAUCCUGUUUCCAUUGAUCAUCCUUGAGAUGUUUCAACAACUUGAUUGGAGUCCACCUGUGGUAAAUUAAAUUGAUUGGUCAUGAUUUGGAAAGGCACAGACCUGUCUAUAUAAGGUCCCACAGUUGACCAAAACCAAGCCAUGAGGUCGGAGGAAUUUUCCAUAGAGAUCAGAGACAGGAUUGUGACCAAGGCACAGAUCUGGGGAAGGGUACCAAAAAAUGUCUGCAGCAUUGAAGGUCUCCAAGAACACAGUAGCCUCCAUCAUUCUUAAAUGGAAGAAGUUUGGAACCACCAAGACUCUUCCUAGAGCAAUUGGGGGAGAAGGCCUUGGUCAGGGAGGUGACCAAGAACCCAAUGGUCACUUUGACAGAGCUCCAGAGUUCCUCUGUGGAGAUGGAAGAACCUUCCAGAAGGAAAACCAUCUCUGCAGCACUCCACAAAUCAGGCCUUUAUGGCCAGACGGAAGCCACUCCUCAGUAAAAGGCACAUGACAGCCCGCUUCGAGUUUGCCAAAAGGCAUCUAAAGGACUCUAAGACCAUGAGAAACAAGAUUCUCUGGUCUGAUGAAAUCAAAAUUGAACUCUUUGGCCUGAAUGCCAAGCGUCACAUCUGGAGGAAACCUGGCACCAUCCCUACGGUGAACCAUGGUGGUGGCAGCAUCAUGCUUUGGGGAUGUUUUUCAGCAGCAGGGACUGGGAGACUCAAGGCUGUAAUUGUUGCGAAGGUGCUUCAACAAAGUACUGAGUAAAGUAUCUGAAUACUUAUGUAAAUGUGAUAUUUCAAUUUGUUAUUUUUAAUGAAUUUGCUCAAAUUUGUAAAACAGUUUUUGCUUUGUUAUUAUGGGGUAUUGUGUGUAGAUUGAGGGGGGGGGAACAAUUUAAUCCAUUUUAGAAUAAGGCUGUAACGUAACAAAAUGUGACAAAUCUGAAUACUUUCGGAAUGUACUGCAUGGUGUGUUUGCACCCAGGUAAAUGAACUAUGUAUCUACAUGACCUUAAACCUGUGGAGCCCCAUGGACAACUCUUUCAGCACUUAGGUCCCUCGGGGCAGCAAAUAUCUACUGCUUUACAUUGCCGUGUAGCAGAAGAUCAAUUCAUUUAAUUGAUUAGCUAGAUUUAGAGCUUCCAAACUGGAACACUAAGUAGAAAGGCAUAUAUUUAUCUAAAAGUCCUACCUAUUUUUCAAAACCUUAGCCAGUUAUCAUUGACAGGUAAGACUUGUAUGUAGUGGAGUUACUGUAUUGGAUGUACCCCAGGUAUGUACCCCAGGUGAGCCAGUAGGAGUAGAGGGUACGUUUUUGCUGAUCUUGGUUCAGUUUAGCAUUUUCCCUGGUAAUGAUUAAGGUUAGGAUUGGGGGAGGAGAAACUGAUCCUAGAAACUGAUCCUUCACCCCGGAGCACGGCAAUAUGCCUAAGAUUGGGAUCAAGCUGACUGGUAGAGUAGGUUUAUUAACAUUAUUAACUCUGAGCUUAUAUGCAUAGGCUUUGAGUUAGUGAGAGGGACUGUAAACAGAAGCCUUGAAAUCAAUAGUAAUCCACAGAACUGAGCCAAGCUUAUGUAAGAGGCUGGUCUCCAGCUUUCAAAAUGUCAAUAUUUAAACAGGCUGGUCUGAUUAGCAUGGGCUUUGACUUUAGCUUUUGUUGACACACACUAACACACGCCUAGACGCAUACACACUAACACAAGCGUGCACACGCCGCACAGAGACACAGGCACUUACACACACUAGCAUGCAGAAUGACGUUGUGAUUGAAGAGACUGAGUGUCAUAUUGCUCAGUUCGACCCAGUGUGGGAGGACACCAUAAUGUUCUAAUUCUAUGAUGGACACACUCAUCUCAAAAUAGGCAUGGAUUUGUGUGCAUUAGAUAACAUUAAAGUUUCUAUGGGAACUGUCAUACUAAGAUAUUGCAGCUCUAACAAGCAGUUAAUUAAAAGGAUAUGAAGAUCUAAGCAGUGACUAUCUACUGGGGUCAAGCACAAGGGGCACAUUGCAGACAUGCUUAGCAGACUCAAUGAAGAGCAUAGCACCACUGAACAGCAAUUGCAAACAGGAACAAACCUUUAUUAAGUCAGUGUGACUACGUAAGUUACUUUUUGUAAAUUUAAAUAAAUAAGGCAAAACUAGUGACUCCUAGCUUGCUAUACCUUCUGAUACAUUAUUGUACAGCACUUAGGCUUGAAUCCUAAUAAUAAUAUUUUUCUCAACUUCUAUAAGCGAAACAAAAACAAUCAAAUAAACAGCUAUAUGACAGAGUAGGUCUGGACUGCGAGGUGGUCAAAAGGGGGACAUCUGUGUGCAUAACUUGCAUUUUGUUGCAAAUCUCCAAUUGACAUCAAUACUCUUUGCCAUUUUCCUCAGGUGACCAACAGCCAGGAUGCACUGCGGAAGACGUGGAACCCCAAGUUCACACUGCGGAGCCACUUUGACUCCAUCCGGGGCCUGGCCUUCCACCCCGUGGAACCCGUCCUGGUCACUGCCUCCGAGGACCACACCCUCAAACUGUGGAACCUCCAGAAGACUGCCCCCGCCAAGAAGUAAGAGCUCGCAUAGGCCUACCCUGCUGUCAGUCAAACACCUGGGUCGUAUUUACUAGACCCCAAACAAUGUAAAUGUUUGCCUUUAUUUAACCAGGGAAGUAAUUGAGAUCACGUUCUCUUUUACAAUAACGACCUGACAAAGUUAAGAGCGAUACACAUUAUUAAAGAAGCUCUCGGUUUGCACUAACGAAUACGACCCUGCUGUCAAUCAAAGACAGUGAUGCUUUGAAGAAGGUACCUAAGUAGUGAAAGUGUUAGCCACUCAAUGGGGUAAGAAUCAUGUGGAAUUGUUAAGAGCGCUAUUGUGAAAAGACAAUCGAUAGUUAAAGCAUGCCUUUUUCUUAUACAUUUCUGAGGGCUGUAAUGGGACAUUUUGUUGUAGUUAGUGUAUGCUUGUUGAAUAUGUACAUCGAAGGUAGUUACGUUCCCUGUCUGUCUUCCUAGAUGUGCUGCUCUAGAUGUGGAACCCAUCUAUACAUUCAGGGCCCAUCGGUGAGUAACCUUCCUUAUCCACUAUAACCCAACCUUUUUAUAAAUGGACAACUGGACUGAUACUCUUGUAUACAUGAAUAAUUUGUUCUAUCAAAUGUAUUCCAUACAAACCAUCAAAUGUACAUAUUCACAUACUUUGUAUCUUUGCAUAAGUAAAACACUGCUAAAGUGCAAUGGAAAAAAAAUCAAAUAACGUGUUGAAUUUUAUAAUGACAGGUAUUGCCACUUUUUCCUGUAGGAGUGCGGUGUUGUGUUUUGUCUUCCAAAAACAAGUUGAAGUUAAUAAUGAGAUUGCAUGUUUCUGUCUUCUGUAGGGGUGCGGUGUUGUGUGUGACCAUGAGCUCUACAGGGGAGCAGUGCUUCAGUGGGGGGGUGGAUGGAACCAUUCAGAGCUGGAACACCCCCAACCCUAAUAUCGACCCCUAUGACUCAUAUGGUACGCCCCCAGAUGCCUUAGCUACACCACUGAUUAUUAGUACAUCGCUCUUCUUUCUCUUUUUUCAUAUCCUCUUCAUCUCUUUACUCUUUCUUUCCCUCUCUACCUCUAUUUUCCCUUUCACUACAUCUCUCUUCCAACUUUCCAUCCUCCUUUCAUCCUCCUCUUUCACUCUAUUCUCUUCUCUUUAUCCAACUCUUUUUUUCCCUGUCUCCACAUGAUCUUUCAUUCUCUAUCAUUCCCUCUCUCCUUUUCCCCUCCCUCCUUUUAACUCUCCCCACCUCUUAAUUCUCCACCUCUGCUUCCUUCUAACUCUCCCUCUCUCUUUCCUGCCAUAGAGCCCUCGGUGCUGCGGGGGGCGAUGCUGGGUCACACUGACUCAGUGUGGGGUGUGGUCUACAGCUCGGCCCACCAGCGCCUGCUCUCCUGCUCCGGGGACGGCACUGUGCGCCUGUGGAACGCUGCCAACACCUCCCCCGCACUCGCCAUCUUCAACGAGAAAGGAGGUGAGAUGCUGAACGCAGAUCAGAUCAACGAAAUGAUCCCCCAAUAGACUUACAUUGGCUCUCCCACACAAACACUGCACUAGCAUCAGUUCAUAAAACAGAUACCUCGCACAUUUUAACUUAAUGUUCCACAACACCUAAUUGACCCGCUUACACUGACUGUCCCACAUAACCACUGCUCUAGGAUCAGCUCAUAAAAUAUAUUUGUAAUUUCAUGCUAUACAAUGACCUAGAAUCCGCUCCAUAAAGAGUUACACCUGGGUUUCCCAAACUAGGGGUCGCGACCCCAUGUAGGGUCACCUGAUUAAAAAAUGGGGUCUCGAGAGAAAAUGUACGCUUGGUUCAUAGAACCGGGGUUACGUUAGUAACCACCAGUAGCAGCUAAAUGCGGUUGUAAGAAACAGAGGGGUUUCUGUUUUCUUUCUACAAAUGUGUCUAUCUUUUGAAUGGUUUAUGCUACAAAAUAUUAUGACCCCAUCACUGAAAGAUAAGACAUUCAGGAAUACGUACGUUCUAAAUCAGACUGGGGGGAAAAGAACAUCAUCAAUGAUGUUGUUUUCUACACAGAAGAUCAUACAACAUUAUUGCCUGAUGGUCUUCUGAACUUCCCAAUACCUUUCUGAUGCAUUUCAGUCACUUCAACCAUACGGUCUUCAAAUUGAAAUACUGUCAAAAAUACUAUCAGACUGAUUUGUUCAUAACCUUUCCAACUCUUGUCGGAUUCAGAGCUGGGCGUCCCCACGUCAGUGGACCUGGUGUGCAGUGAGCCGGCCCACAUGGUGACGUCGUUCAGCACGGGGGAGAUCGGACUCUUCAACAUGGAGACGCGGCAGCUGAUUCUCAAGCUGGACCAGACCGGAGAGCCCGGUAAACUCCGCUGCCAUUUCUACACAGUGACUCUAUAGCACUAUGCACUCACUGCCUAUUUUCUUGCUCUCUCCCUGUCAACUCCCUUUAACCCUCUUGUCACAACACAAAUGUUUAUGUUUGUGCAUUAAAAGUCAUACUCUUAUUUUGUUGGUGUACUCACUUCAGAAAGUUUCCCUAACAUAUGUUUUAGUUAUAUUAGCAACAGGGUCAGUAAAGUCAGCAAUAUACAGUGGGGAAAAAAAGUAUUUAGUCAGCCACCAAUUGUGCAAGUUCUCCCACUUAAAAAGAUGAGAGAGGCCUGUAAUUUUCAUCAUAGGUACACGUCAACUAUGACAGACAAAAUGAGGGAAAAAAAUCCAGAAAAUCACAUUGUAGGAUUUUUUAUGAAUUUAUUUGCAUAUUAUGGUGGAAAAUAAGUAUUUGGUCAAUAACAAAAGUUUCUCAAUACUUUGUUAUAUACCCUUUGUUGGCAAUGACACAGGUCAAACGUUUUCUGUAAGUCUUCACAAGGUUUUCACACACUGUUGCUGGUAUUUUGGCCCAUUCCUCCAUGCAGAUCUCCUCUAGAGCAGUGAUGUUUUGGGGCUGUCGCUGGGCAACACAGACUUUCAACUCCCUCCAAAGAUUUUCUAUGGGGUUGAGAUCUGGAGACUGGCUAGGCCACUCCAGGACCUUGAAAUGCUUCUUACGAAGCCACUCCUUCGUUGCCCGGGCGGUGUGUUUGGGAUCAUUGUCAUGCUGAAAGACCCAGCCACGUUUCAUCUUCAAUGCCCUUGCUGAUGGAAGGAGGUUUUCACUCAAAAUCUCACGAUACAUGGCCCCAUUAAUUCUUUCCUUUACACAGAUCAGUCGUCCUGGUCCCUUUGCAGAAAAACAGCCCCAAAGCAUGAUGUUUCCACCCCCAUGCUUCACAGUAGGUAUGGUGUUCUUUGGAUGCAACUCAGCAUUCUUUGUCCUCCAAACACGACGAGUUGAGUUUUUACCAAAAAGUUCUAUUUUGGUUUCAUCUGACCAUAUGACAUUCUCCCAAUCGUCUUCUGGAUCAUCCAAAUGCACUCUAGCAAACUUCAGACGGGCCUGGACAUGUACUGGCUUAAGCAGGGGGACACGUCUUGCACUGCAGGAUUUGAGUCCCUGGCGGCGUAGUGUGUUACGGAUGGUAGGCUUUGUUACUUUGGUCCCAGCUCUCUGCAGGUCAUUCACUAGGUCCCCCCGUGUGGUUCUGGGAUUUUUGCUCACCGUUCUUGUGAUCAUUUUGACCCCACGGGGUGAGAUCUUGGCGUGGAGCCCCAGAUCGAGGGAGAUUAUCAGUGGUCUUGUAUGUCUUCCAUUUCCUAAUAAUUGUUCCCACAGUUGAUUUCUUCAAACCAAGCUGCUUACCUAUUGCAGAUUCAGUCUUCCCAGCCUGGUGCAGGUCUACAAUGUUGUUUCUGGUGUCCUUUGACAGCUCUUUGGUCUUGGCCAUAGUGGAGUUUGGAGUGUGACUGUUUGAGGUUGUGGACAGGUGUCUUUUAUACUGAUAACAAGUUCAAACAGGUGCCAUUAAUACAGGUAACGAGUGGAGGACAGAGGAGCCUCUUAAAGAAGAAGUUACAGGUCUGUGAGAGCCAGAAAUCUUGCUUGUUUGUAGGUGACCAAAUACUUAUUUUCCACCAUAAUUUGCAAAUAAAUUCAUAAAAAAUCCUACAAUGUGAUUUUCUGGAUUUUUUUUUCUCAAUUUGUCUGUCAUAGUUGACGUGUACCUAUGAUGAAAAUUACAGGCCUCUCUCAUCUUUUUAAGUGGGAGAACUUGCACAAUUGGUGGCUGACUAAAUACUUUUUUUCCCCACUGUAAUAACCCUAGUACCCUCCAAUUAUAUUAUAGCUCUGUGGCUCUCCCUUCCAACUCCCUUCUUUUGAAUAAUUUUGGCUCGAGUUAUAACUCACAUUUAUCCUGUUGUUCUGACAAAUGACUAAAUGUAAAUGAGAAAGGCUAAUAGCAAUGUUCAAUUGAGUUGCAUGUCUUUUCACGUCCACCCCGCACACACAGAAGCCCCGUGCAAGAUCAACAAGGUGCUGAGUCACCCCACUCUGCCCAUAACCAUCACGGCCCAGGAGGACCGACACAUCCAGUUCUUCGACAACAACACGGGUGAGAUAGACAGCGUCCAGUUUGAACCGACAUUCCAGCUGGAAUUAAAAUAAAAGAUAUACAUAGUAAGACAUUUUGUCACAGUAUAAAAUGUAUUUAUAACAGUUGGCUAUAACAUUGAGAACAGUGAUUUUGUACUCAUCCUGCGUUCCAAUUACAGGGAAAUGUAUUCACUCCAUGGUGGCCCACCUGGACGCAGUCACCUGUUUAGCUGUGGAUCCCAACGGCUUGUACCUGAUGUCUGGCAGUAAGUAUUUAUCUGGUAACAGAGAAGUACUAGUGUUUAUGGUGGUUAGCGUUUCAUGUAGUUACAGAAAUAUUGUUCCUUGCAAAACUGGAGAUACAAACUGGUAGUGUGGCAAAUAUGAUAUCUGAGCACAGAAACGGAAGCCCCCUUGGAUCUUUCUUGUGGUAACUUUCACUAACAGGCAGUUUUAGAAUUGUAACAUCUCCCUCUAUUUCUUUCUCUCUGUUUCCCUCUCUCACUCUACCUCCCUAUUUCUUAAUAUUUUUGUUCUUACCCUCCUCCGCCCUAUUAGGCCACGACUGCUCCAUCCGCCUGUGGAACAUGGAGAGCAAGACAUGCAUCCAGGAGUUCACAGCGCACCGCAAGAAGUCGGACGAGGCCAUUCACGACGUGGCGUUCCAUCCCACCAAGUGCUACAUCGGCAGCGCCGGGGCCGACGCGCUUGCCAAGGUCUUCGUAUGACCGCAAAUUCCAAUGGCUAACAGCUGCGUCCGGCUCGAAGGACCAUGAAAAAGGGGACGAGGUGUGGUGUAACUGAAGGGAGGGAUGGGAGUUAGAGCCCAACUCAAAGGCAGUGUGGAAGGAAAUGUAGUGAGAUGGAUGGGUAACUAGCCAUUGGUAUCUGGGUCUCGACCAGUGGCAGUCGAGCGGGAUGGUUAGACACCUGAUGGUUUGAAGGCUGAAAGGGGUGAACGUGAGAGUUGGCGAGAAAGAGGGCUACUAUCUUUCCACCGUAUACUUCCUGUCCUACACACACACUCCCCAGCUAACCCGGGCAGGCCUGGGUGCUACAUCCAAACCAGGAGACCAGUGGUUAAACAUCACAAAGACCAGGCGGAUAUCCAGGAAAUUCAAGACCUGUACUCUCAUUUAGAAACAUUGCGUUUGUGUCCUAACAGAAACACAAGACUCGUAUUCUGCACCCCCACCCCCGGCCACCCCUAAGACUGCCUGUGUCUUCAAUGUUGUCGUUUUCAAAGAUUUCAUGAAAAUGUGCCUUUUUUGUCAAUCGUCUUGCAAACAACGUUAUUUUACAGUUUGUGUGCAACGUAGGAGUGGGCAGGGCGUUCAACAACAAGUUAUCAUUUAUUGUCCAACAUAGUACUGGACAUUGUCUAUUCCAUUUGAUCCAUAAAACUAAGUUUGAAAAUAAUUAUAUUUUCAUUCUAUGUGCACAGCAUAUGUAUGGCUAGUGGUCAAUAGUCACAGUACUGUUUUAGUUAUUGAACGUGGGAGUUGGGAGCCACAAUGCCCUCAAAUCCACUGAAAUAUACAGUAGCGUGCAGAACUGGAGUCCCCCUGAAUAAGAAAAAUGGUAAAGUAACCUGAAAGUCCGUUUGAAGUUGAAGUAAAGGCCAUGAGGCUGCAUUUCCUCGAUGUGUGAUUUAUUAUAGCCUUGUUUUAUGUCUGUGGUUUUGUAUUUAAUCACAACAAAUUCGAAAUGACUCCAUUAGUUCAUCUCUAAAAAGUAAAAAUGUAGCUUUUUAAGUAGUGCCUAUUGUGCACACACUUGUUUUGCACCCUCUUGAAAAGCCAACCCCAUGAAAGUAAUGUAAUUGUGUAAUGAAACUUUGCUAACAAAAUUCCUACAUAUUAGCCCAUAUGAAUCUGUCACCUAUGUGAGUAAGCCAUCCUUGUAUUCCAGCUUGCUUUGCUUCACUGUUGAAUCAGUGUUCAAAUCCAAAUUGUCUGUACACAGCCAAAACACUGACUUACCCAGGCCACAUCCAUUCUUAAACUUAAUUUAGUUUCCAAUUAAAUUGUAAAUGCUUUUAUGCUCCAGCUUCAGUUCUCCUAGGUACAAGGAGUGCCUCUUUUGGUGUUUGGAUGUUCCAUUCUUUACAUAAAUAGGACCGCAACUCCUACAUUGUAAUAUACAGUACCAACAUAAGUAGAAGCGUUAACUCUUAACAAGAUCUGUCCUGUGACACUUUGCUAGCAGUAGAUCAAUUACUCAAACUUUGUUUCACAAUUUAACGCAAUUGAUUGAUCAAUGUUGUGGUUUGACCUAAUUUGAGUACAUGCUGCUUUAUCGUGUAUUUAUAGUUGAACAACCAGACAAACUGCACUGAAAAUGGUUUGCAGUGAAACAAUUUAUUCAUUUGAUUGUUUUUUUAUUUGAGCUGUGUAUUUAUUUAUGCCUCCGUGUCAUUUUAAGCCAAAAGGAUCAACCAAGUAUUGUCUUACAACGACAAGAUGCUUCACAGAGAGCCUGCGAAUGUAAAGUUUCCUGCGACCGCUAAAUUGGCUCUUUCAGCUUAUAACGCUAAGUUAGCUCUUUUGCUAAUGCUAAGUUAAUGCUAAGUUAGCUAUGACUGCUAAGGUAGUUUCUUCAUAGCUAUCCUGCUUGCCCCUGUGCUGAGUUAGCCCCUUGGCUCCCAUUUUUGACUGCAGAACUGAGGUCUCUCAGUACUCAACUGCCCACAAGCUACGCUCCUGUGUUUAGGCGAUAUGACCAGCUCUGGUCAGAAAGCAAGGUAAAUGCUUUAUAUAAUAACUGUUUGAAAAUAGAAUUGUCUCAUUAUUUUGAACAAUUACUCGUUUUUUUAUUUACUAUACAUGGUUGUUGAAAAAGGUAAAGAAAUCCUUGUUAAAUACAGGUAGAUAUUUUUUUAAAGAAUAUUUUCUGUUUUACUUGAACAUUUAGGAGUUAUUCCUUGGGGGACUUGUGUACUUUUUUUAUUUUGUAGUGGAAUGGUUGGAGAUUUGCCGGUCUUAUCAAAAGUUGUAUGCCUUUGGUUGUGAGCAUUACAAAACAAGACAGAUUUUGUCAUUAUUCUCCAAGUUGUUUCAUCUGCAGUUGAACAGAGAGAGAUUAGGAUUUCGCUGAUCUACCAAAUGCUUUGGUCUCUAAAAUGAGGACUGUUGAAUGACAAGGAUGGAUCAAAAUCUGUGGGGAAUUCGGUGUGCUUGCGUUGUACAAAGAUAUUUUUUCUUUUUUAUUUACUUUGGUGUCAGGUAAUUUUAGACAAUGUAAGGGCAAGAACAAAAAUGUGUACAGUUUUAAAGUAUAAAAAAAAAGAUAUUUAUUAACACAGUAUAUUGAGUGAUGUGAAAUGGAGUCAGUAUGUAUGGUGCGCUUGUCGUGGUAAACGUACAGUAGUUUCAUCACAACACUGAGUAGUUGAACAAAAUAGGAGUUAUUAUAGGGCCCCCUGCUGCUCACAAUGUGGAAGAAGCAUAUUUCAGCAGGUUGGCUCUCAUUUCAUGUCUUUUAAUGGGCUGUAUGUCCAUUUGAAUGACAGAAUAAUGAGGCUGACCAUAGGCUAGUGUGUAUUUUUUGUGUGUUUUUUGGGUCGUAGAGAACCACUUUAAAUACUUGUUUUCUCCAAACCAGUUUGAGCUGUCGUUUUUGAAACUGGGUCUAAUACCAUAGUUAGCUGUGUGUCCAUCAAUACUGCAUAAGGUCGUCAAUUGGAAUAAUAAUAACCAAGCAAAUACAGUGGUCCUCCAGAACCAGGAGUCGGACAAUUUGAACAAAUAAUUAUCAUACUGUGAAAGGCAGUGUAAAAGCAGAAUGCUAUAGUCUAAAUAGUGACUCAUAUAUGCAUCUAAAAUUCACUUGUCUAUUCUGAGCAGCAGGGGGUGUUGCUUACAAGCACUACAAAGUGUAUGAAAAGAGAUCACACAAAACAAAGAACCUAUUAAUAACCAAUGGGAAAACAAACACAAAGUCCUGGGCGAAGCCAAGUUUGCCUGUUGUAAAUCAA